AUGGAAGACGAUCUUUUUGAACUCUUCCUAGAAGAAGAAGUGAAGAAAGAAGUGGGCAAGAACGAAUUUAAGGAUGCCCUAAGCCAAACCCUAAAGAGAAGGUGUUCUGAAUAUUAUACUGCACAGAAGAAUAAGUGGGAGAACUUCAAGAGCUUCUCCUACGGCUUUAACCCAAUUGAAAAAUUCAAGGACAUUCCUGCAGUAUGCACACUCUCUUUAUAUCCAGAGUACGUUCUAGUUGGUCCAGUAGAGAAGGAAGGAAUUAAGCACAGUUAUACAGACGUAAUAAAUAACCUCCUGAUGUACAUUAAUAAGAACAUAAUACACCCGUACUUGCUAGAUCUAUUAGACAGAGGAGACUAUCCCUUCUACGACAACCACAUUGUAAUAGAGGUGAAUGACAACCGGGAUGUAGAAAGUGUGUCCAACAGGGUCUUGCUGCGCGGGAGCAUUGGGGGCAUGCCGUAUGCACAAGGUGUCUUACAGAGCACUAAGUCAGAGGACCAAACUGAAGCAGAGAUAUAUGCUAAGACAGCUGUAAUUUGCAUUGACCCGUCGCCUGAAGUAUUUGAAGUUAUGAAGCUGCAGGAUUAUAAUGUUAGAAAGUGGGAUGGCAUGGCGAUCGACAAAAAGCAGAAGAUGAAGCUGCAAAUAUCGAGUGUAAUUAAGGAGUUCAGGCGGUUAGAAAGUACGCGCAAAACAGAGAUAUACAUGGGCCUAGAGAGAAGCAGCAAUCCUCGCAUUUAUAGAACAACUAAAUUUCUGGGCGGAAAUACUCACUACUCGAUAAAUGCGCUUGCAAAUACAGACUACAUUGAGGUGAUAUUCAGGAAGGGCGAUAUAGUAAACACAGCAACAGGCGGGUUCAUUCAAAGAAGAAAGUUUACAUCUCCUGGGCAGAUUGACAUGUACAUUGACAGUCUAAAGAAGCUCUUGGAGAUAUACCACUCCGACUUAAAGUGCAUCUGUGAUGUGUCUGCAAAUCCCAGGAAGACAAAGCAAUAUGCAUCUCCGUACCAGAGACAAGUCGAAGAAGGAAGGCAAUUUAUAUCACCCAGCCAGCCAAACACGCAGGGAUCCAUGGAGAGGCACAUGCGCUUCAUUAAGACAAAAACAAUUGAAGAUCAUCAUAGCAUAAAUAUCAACGAAAGACAAAGCGCAUGGGAUGCGAGCAAUAUGCAGAAAGAGAUGGAUGACUUUAACUUUGACUAUAUCAAUAAGAAAUUCACAUAA